CGGUGCCUCUAAAGCGGUGUGACCUUCGCACGUUCGCCAGUUAGCGCUGCUCAGCUGACAGAGUUGCAUCUCUUCUGUUCCGAGAGACUUUUUUUUUACCGCCACGUUUUAGCCUAAAGAGCUCAUCAUGGGGGAUGUUGAGAAAGGAAAGAAGGUUUUCGUCCAGAAGUGUGCUCAAUGCCACACCGUGGAGGCAGGGGGCAAGCACAAGGUGGGCCCCAACCUGCAUGGUAUUUUCGGACGCAAGACUGGACAGGCGGAGGGCUACUCCUACACAGAUGCUAACAAAAGCAAAGGUAUCGUCUGGAGUGACGACACCCUCAUGGAGUACCUGGAGAACCCCAAGAAGUACAUCCCCGGCACCAAAAUGAUCUUUGCUGGCAUCAAGAAGAAGGGAGAGCGCCAGGACCUUGUCGCUUACCUCAAGUCAUCCACAUCGUGAAAAUGUUGAAGAGAGACAAAACAAAGAUGAGAAUAUUUAAUGUACUCAUUUAGGUUA